AUCUGAUACAAUGACCACAGGAGAUGAGACAACUUUUGACACAAUGACCACAGUAGCCAAGACAACAUCUGAUACAAUGACCACAGUAGAUCAGACAACAUCUGAUACAAUGACAACAGAAGGUCAGACAACAUCUGAUACAAUGACCACAGAAGGUCAGACAACAUCUGAUACAAUGACCACAGAAGGUCAGACAACAUCUGAUACAAUGACUACAGAAGGUCAGACAACAUCUGAUACAAUGACCACAGUAGAUCAGACAACAUCUGAAUCAAUGACCACAGGAGAUCAGAAAACAUCUGACACAAUGACCACAGUAGCUCAGACAACAUCUGAUACAAUGACCACAGAAGGUCAGACAACAUCUGAUACAAUGAUCACAAAAGGUCAGACAACAUUAGAUACAAUGACCACAAGAGACCAGACAACAUCUGAUACAAUGACGACAGAAGGUCAGGCAAUAUCUGAUACAAUGACAACAGUAGCCCAGACAACAUCUGAUACAAUGACCACAGUAGCUCAGACAACAUCUGAUACAAUGACCACAGAAGGUCAGAUAACAUCUGAUACAAUGACCACAAAAGCUAAGACAACAUCUGAUGCAAUGACCACAGAUGUUCAGUCAACAUCUGAUACAAUGACCACAGAAGGUCAGACAAUAUCUGAUACAAUGACCACAGAAGAUCAGACAACAUCUGAUACAAUGACCACAGUAGAUCAGACAACAUCUGAUACAAUGACCACAGAAGGUCAGACAACAUCUGAUACAAUGACCACAGAAGGUCAGACAACAUCUGAUACAAUGACCACAGAAGGUCAGACAACAUCAGAUACAAUGACCACAGAAGGUCAGACAACAUCUUAUACAAUGACCACAGAAGGUCAGACGACAUCUGAUACAAUGACCACAGAAGGUCAGACAACAUUUGAUACAAAGACGACAGAAGGUCAGACAACAUCUGAUACAGUGACAACAGUUGCCCAGACAACAUCUGAUAGAACGACCACAGAAGAUCAGACAACAUCUGAUACAAUGACAACAGAAGGUCAGACAACAUCUGAUACAAUGACGACAGUAGAUCAGACAACAUCUGAAUCAACAAUGACCACAGGAGAUCAGACAACACCUGACACAAUGACCACAGUAGCUCAGACAACAUCUGAUACAAUGACCACAGAAGGUCAGACAACAUCUGAAUCAAUGACCACAGAAGGUCAGACAACAUCUGAUACAAUGACCACAGAAGGUCAGACAACAUCUGAUACAAUGACAACAGUAGCACAGACAACAUCUGAUUCAAUGACUACAGUAGAUCAGACAACAUCUGAUACAAUGACGACAAAAGGUCAGACAACAUCUGAUACAAUGACCACAGAAGGUCAGACAACAUCUGAUACAAUGACCACAGAAAGUCAGACACCAUCUGAUUCAAUGACCACAGUAGCCAAGACAACAUCCGAUGCAAUGACAACAUUAGGUCAGACAACAUCUGAUACAAUGACCAAAGAAGGUCAGGCAACAUCUGAUACAGUGACCACAGAAGGUCAGACAACAUCUGAAACAAUGACAACAGUAGGUCAGGCAACAUCUGAUACAAUCACCACAGUAGCCCCUGCAACAUCUGAUACAAUGACCACAGGAGAUGAGACAACUUUUGACACAAUGACCACAGUAGCCCAGACAACAUCUGAUACAAUGACCACAGUAGAUCAGACAACAUCUGAUACAAUGACCACAAUAGACCAGACAAUAUCUGAUACAAUGACAACAGUAGCACAGACAACAUCCGAUGCAAUGACAACAGAAGGUCAGACAACAUCUGAUACAAUGACCACAGAAGGUCAGACAACAUCUGAUACAAUGACCACAGAAGGUCAGACAACAUCUGAUACAAUGACUACAGAAGGUCAGACAACAUCUGAUACAAUGACCACAGUAGAUCAGACAACAUCUGAAUCAAUGACCACAGGAGAUCAGACAACAUCUGACACAAUGACCACAGUAGCUCAGACAACAUCUGAUACAAUGACCACAGAAGGUCAGACAACAUCUGAUACAAUGAUCACAAAAGGUCAGACAACAUUAGAUACAAUGACCACAAGAGACCAGACAACAUCUGAUACAAUGACGACAGAAGGCCAGGCAAUAUCUGAUACAAUGACAACAGUAGCCCAGACAACAUCUGAUACAAUGAGCACAGUUGCUCAGACAACAUCUGAUACGAUGACCACAGAAGGUCAGAUAACGUCUGAUACAAUGACCACAAAAGCUAAGACAACAUCUGAUGCAAUGACCACAGAAGUUCAGUCAACAUCUGAUACAAUGACCACAGAAGGUCAGACAACAUCUGAUACAAUGACCACAGAAGAUCAGACAACAUCUGAUACAAUGACCACAGUAGAUCAGACAAUAUCUGAUACAAUGACCACAGAAGGUCAGACAACAUCUGAUACAAUGACCACAGAAGGUCAGACAACAUCUGAAACAAUGACAACAGUAGCCCAGACAACAUCUGAUACAAUGACCACAGUAGAUCAGACAACAUCUGAUACAAUGACAACAGAAGGUCAGACAACAUCUGAUACAAUGACCACAGAAGGUCAGACAACAUCAGAUACAAUGACCACAGAAGGUCAGACAACAUCUUAUACAAUGACCACAGAAGGUCAGACGACAUCUUAUACAAUGACCACAGAAGGUCAGACAACAUUUGAUACAAAGACGACAGAAGGUCAGACAACAUCUGAUACAGUGACAACAGUUGCCCAGACAACAUCUGAUAGAAUGACCACAGAAGAUCAGACAACAUCUGAUACAAUGACAACAGAAGGUCAGACAACAUCUUAUACAAUGACGACAGUAGAUCAGACAACAUCUGAAUCAAUGACCACAGGAGAUCAGACAACACCUGACACAAUGACCACAGUAGCUCAGACAACAUCUGAUACAAUGACCACAGAAGGUCAGACAACAUCUGAAUCAAUGACCACAGGAGAUCAGACAACAUCUGACACAAUGACUGCGGUAGCUCAGACAACAUCUGACACAAUGACCACAGUAGCCCAGACAAGAUCUGAUACAAUGACCACAGAAGGUCAGACAACAUCUAAUACAAUGACCACAGAAGGUCAGACAACAUCUGAUACAAUGACCACAAAAGGUCAGAAAACAUCUGAUACAAUGACGACAGCAGGUCAGACAACAUCCGAUACAAUGACCACAGUAGCCCAGACAACAUCUGAUUCAAUGACCA